UUGCAUUUAGUAAUAUUUGAUUAUGUUUUGACACUUCUGUGUAAUAGCUGAAAAUAUUCAUGCUGUCAAAUACAUCUUUUUCUACCCCUUUAGUUUUCCCAAACAGUAACAGCAGCAAACAAAUGGGAUUUUUAGGAUGGAGGGUCUGAGUAAGGAUUUAUGUCAAUAAAACUGCACAGGGCAUUCCAUCUGUUGUCUUCUAACAAUCAAUAAGACUGGGAAGAUCUAGAUUGCAGGCAGCAUGUGUGUGAUAAAUCAGAAGCAUACCUUAAUGCUUCAAUAUUGUGAUAGUUAGGUUUAAGUAAUAGUGUAGAGAAAAGAGACUAAAAGAAAGACUUUGUGUGCUUUUAUUUUGUUUCCCUUGAAAUGGAUUCUAAGAGUUUGACUGACCUUGACUGGCCGUAUGAAAAUAUAGCUUUUAAUGCAGCAGGGUAUGUGAUGGAUCGUGCCGGCAGGAAUGACUCGCGCAAAACUAUUGAAAGCCUGAAAGAUCAGCUACAACAAUACAAAGACAAGCUUAGAGAUGUGGUGGCAGCAUACAAAUCUCUGGCAAAGGAGAAAGAAGCGCUUGAGGCCAGUCUUGCUGCCCUCAGUUCUUCUGAUAUGGCAAGAGGUGACAGAAUGUGUGGGGAAGCUGUAACAUCAAGGGAACCUCAAAAUGCUGCACAUAUAGCUAGUUCUGAGGCGGCAGCUGAUCCGCUUGGGGUCACUCAGCCUUCAGAUGAUGGAACCCCCCAGAUGAAAGCUUUGAAAGAGCAGCUCAGAAUUUUAACAGUUUCCAUGACAACAUUGACACAGGAGAAAAACAGAAUAGAAAGUCAGUUUUUAGCAGAUAACAAGCAACUACGGCAAGAUAACGAAGAGUUGAUGAGAAAGGCAGAGGAAGACAGAGUGUUGUGGAGUGCAAAGAAGGAAACAUUGGAACAGCAGAUACAAGAGUUAAAAAGUAGAAUCCGAGGAUUACAGCUGGAGCGUGAAAAGGAGCAGACAGAUUAUGCUGUUAUGCUCAGAGAACUACAAAAGCUGCUUUCUGAGGAACGCUUACAGAAAGAAGCUCUUGAACUGCAACUGGAUGAAAUGCGAAGGACAUUAUAUGAACAAAACACUAACAACAUCGUCUUAGAGGAAUAUGAAAAAAAAAUACGUGAGUUGUCGCAGGAACUCAACUCGGUGCGAGACCGCAUGCAAAGAGCAGAGAUUAAAGCUAGCCAGCCCUCACCUUUUGUGCUGGAACUGCAAAAAGAAAUGGUUGAAAUGAAGAAUGAACACCAGAGGAUUGUGUCUCAGGAACAACACAAGGCAACUGAAGCUGAACAUCGUCUACAGCAGCAUUCCACUCAAAGCGAAGAACGUAUCUCUAGUCUUGAGGAAAAACUGUCAGAACUUUCUGAAGUUGUUGGCAACUAUGAACGUCUUCGUUUCCAGGAUCAACAGGCUAUAAACAAGCUGAAAGAACGCGUGACACAGCUGGACAUUGAAAACACUGCUUUGGUUCGGGCUUCUAAACCAUAUAGUGGCAACAGUAAUGAAGAUGAGCAUCUUGAUGUUCAUGCCCUGUUUGAUCAAAUCUUACACCUGAAGAAGACACUCUUGGCUGCUAAUCAAAAAUCUGAGAAACCUUUAGAUCUCAGUGAACUGUUCACUCUGGAGAGUCAGGUGAAGAAUGAGUGUACAUCAUGUGAAUACUUGAAAGAAGAACUUGAGCAACUGAAAGAAGAUUAUGAACGCUACAAACUCCGUGCCCAGUCUGUAUUAAAAAAUAAACACAAGGAAAAGUCAUCAUCAAAAGAAGUGGACAUUUUGAAGGAGCAAGUGUCAGAUCUUCGAGAACGGCUGAAGACAUCUUCUACACAUCACCAAGAAGAGGUUGAGCAGCUGCAGCUGAAAAUUGACAGUCUAAGUCGUUCCAUGCUGGCUCAGGCAGAUGCUCACAAGGCUGAGCUAGGCCACCUGAAGAACGCUCACCAGAAGGAAAUUUUUGUUCUGGAACAGGAGGCAAAGAAACAAAGAGAAAGAACAGUUGCCCUAUUAGCAGAAAAAGACCAGGAAAUUGAGAAUCUGCGAUCAUCAUCUCAUGACUACUACUCACGUAUGAAAGAUUUGAGUCUGGAAAGCCUGCAUGAUGGAGAUGGUCUUCUUCAAGGGGAAGCAGAUGUAAAUGACACAGUAGCACAGUUACUAAUGCAGCCCCCUGCUCAAGGGGAAGCAACCCUUCUCCACUUUGCUCAAGAAAAAGCAAGGCAGGAUGUAGAAAUAGUGGGGCUCAGACGACAUAAGCACCAGCUUGAGAACGCUUUAAGAGAGCUCCAACAUUCCAUGAGUCUAAAGGAAGAGAAAUCCCAAGAUGCUUUGCAGAAGUUAGAAGAACAGAUCCACAAACUUGAACGAGACAAAAGUAGAGAGAGUGCCAAUUUAGAAUACCUUAAAAAUGUUUUUCUGAAGUUUCUGGUCAGUACCUCUUAUGACACCCAUGGAAGGACACAGAUGCUUAAAGCUAUUGCCACAAUACUUCAGUUCAGUCCUGCAGAAAAAGAACUUGUGAAAUCAAAUGUACACAUGAAACUAUGAUAGUCUUUCAUUGUGACUUAUUUAUGAUGAAAAUUGGAUUCUGCUCUGGAUACCUUUCAAGUGUAAAUAAAUACCUCAUUUGUUUUCCUGUUUCAUUCACAUUCAACCCUUGUAUUGUGUUAUCAUUAUGCCUUCAUUAUGCUUCCAACGUUAAUAGAUGUGCUUGCAUGUCUGCUUUGUCAUGGUUAGAUAUUCAAGUAAAUUGAGACCUAUUAUCAUUUUUGCAGUCUUGUCAGAUCGACUUGAACUAAGACUUUUUGUACAUUGCAUAAACACGUGGGAGGUUACAGAAACAGUGUAUUCAAACAAAACACUUAUUUCGUGAUAAGGAUUUAAAUAAGCACUGUAGUCUUGUUUUGUAGUCUAAAUUAUGGACAAUAAUAAUGGAAUAACUUUUAUUUCAGUAUGAGAAGGCUGUGUGUAUGCACAUGCACACCUUAUUUUAUUGUGCAGGGCACAAAGAACUAACAGGUUUGCAUAACAAUUUUUUAAUGAUAUUUCAAUACAGUCAUGAAUUCUUUAAUGGGCAUCUAUGUAUAUAAACAUUCACUAUUAUGAUUAUGUAAUAAAGAGGCAUAUAAAGUAUUAA